UAACGGGAAGACUUUUACCCCCUGGCAGUAUUUUGCACAUUCAAAGCGUGAAUGCAUCGAAAGGUUUGGGAAGAAUCCAAAUGCUCGCCUCGUUAACGACGACGAUCAGCUCUGUACCACAGAUUAUUCUAGAAUCGUCCCUCUGGAGAACGGGGAGAUUGUGGUGUCCUUGAUCAACGGUCGGCCCGGCUCCAGAGACUUCACCCGCUCACCAGUUCUGCAGGACUUCACCAGGGCCACCAACGUGCGCCUGCACUUCCUACGCACCAACACGUUGCUGGGCCACCUCAUCUCGAAGGCCCAGAGAGACCCCACCGUCACACGCAGGUAUUACUACAGUAUCAAAGACAUCAGCAUCGGUGGCCGCUGCGUGUGUCACGGCCACGCUCAGGUGUGCGGGUCCUCUCGCAACAGGGAAAACCCAAACAAGCUACAGUGUGAGUGCCGACACAACACCUGCGGUGAGUCAUGUGACCGCUGCUGUCCGGGUUUCAGCCAGAAGCCUUGGCGCGCCGCCACUGUCGACAGCCCCAACGAGUGUCAGCCCUGCCAGUGCUUUGCUCAUGCCGCCGACUGUUAUUACGACCCAGAGGUGGAAGCCAGAGGAGCAAGUUUAGACAUCUCCGGCAGGUACAGCGGAGGAGGCGUGUGCAUCAACUGCCAGCACAACACUGCUGGAGUGAACUGUGAGCGAUGCAUUGAAGGCUACUUCAGACCUCAUGGAGUCGCCCCCGAGUCUCCCACUGGGUGCAUACCCUGCAAGUGCGACGAGCGGACCACGGCAGGUUGUGAAAUGGGUUCCGGGAGGUGCAUCUGCAAAGUGCAGUUUGCAGGAGAAAACUGCGAGCGCUGUGCAGAGGGAUACAAUUACUAUCCUCAGUGCAUUUUGCCUACUCGCUGUCCUGUGGGCUAUUUUGGCUCAAUCAGUUGUCAGCGGUGUGACUGUGACUACAGAGGGACAGAGCGCGAGGUGUGUGACGCUUCUGGACGUUGCCUGUGUCGUCCCAAUGUGGUGGGCCAGCAAUGUGACCGUUGCCGACCAGGCUACCACUCCUUCCCCAACUGCCACGCGUGCCUUUGCGAUGGGGCAGGUGUGGCCGAGAGUGUCUGCAGUCCGAGCGGUCAGUGUAUUUGCCUCCCCAACUAUGGAGGCCAGGGCUGUGAGCAAUGUGCACCCGGCUACUACGGGUACCCGGAAUGUGCCGCCUGCCAGUGUUCCAGGGAAGGCUCGUACGGCACCCCGUGCAACCCGCUGACAGGUCAGUGUCUGUGUCUGCCUGGGGUGGUGGGCCAGCAGUGUGACCAAUGCGCUUCUGGACUCGGGUUCCCCUCGUGCUCAGCCUCCAUCAGUCAGUGCAAUCCACAUGGGACAGAGAGCAGGGAACCUCAAACGGGUUCCUGCCGCUGCCGAGCCAACACGGAGGGAGCUUCAUGUGACAGGUGUAAGCCUCUUCACUGGAACCUGUCAGCUGACAACACAUAUGGCUGUGAAGUGUGCAGGUGUGAUGUCAAAGGGACGCUGAGCGGUGUUGGAGAGUGUCAGCAGAGAAAUGGGCAGUGCCACUGCAAGCCUCGCGUAGGCGGGCGUACGUGCGAUGUCUGCGACCGCGGCUACUUCCUGUUGCAGAAAAAUAAUUAUUUGGGCUGCCAAGGUUGUCAAUGCGACGUUGGCGGCGCCAUCAGCGCUGCUUGUGACGCGACCUCCGGCCAAUGCCGUUGUCGUAGUAACAUAGGCGGCCUGAAAUGCACACGGCCAGCCCCGAGCUAUUAUUUCCCCACCUUGCAUCAGUUCAAGUUUGAGGUGGAGGAUGGCACCACACCAAACGGCAGGCCUGUGCGUUUCGGUUACGACCCCCGAGAGUUCCCCGAGUUCAGCUGGAGAGGUUACGCUGAGCUGUCCCCCGCGCAGAGUGAAGUCAGAGUUAUAGUGCAUGUUGAGUGGAAAGAUGCCAGGCGCAACUUAUUCCGCGUGGUGCUGCGGUUCACUAACCCGAGCCUCGCCAGCGUGAGUGGUAGCGUCAAGGCGGCUAAUAACAGAGGCCAUGCAGCAGAGCAGAGUAAGGAAGUGGUUUUCCCUGCGAGUCCUCAACCGUCGUUCCUCACUGUGCCUGGCGACGGCUUUGCUGAGCCAUUUGCGUUGACACCCGGCAACUGGAUCAUCCGCAUCGAGGCACCCGGGGUUUUUCUCGACUAUUUGGUCCUGCUGCCUCAGGAUUACUACGAAGCGCCGCUGCUGCACAAAGAGAUCACAGAGCCCUGCACAUAUGCGCCCACAGAACUAAGGAAUAAAAACUGUCUGCUGUACAAGCACGUGCCCAUGGAUGGAUUCAGCUCGGCUUUGGGCUCGCAGGCAAGCUUUUCGAGCCGGAGGGCCCGCAAGAGGAGGCAGGCGCCGGUGCGGCGGCCCACCCCGGAUCACCCUGACAUGGUCUCCCUGCAUGGCACACAGUCUCAGCUGCAGCUCAGUCUGCGUGUGGCUCACCCUGGACCUCAUGCUCUCAUCCUGGAGUAUGCCAGCCAGGUGGACAGCAUCCAGAACGUCAACUUCCUAGUUGGUGUCCAGCGUGGGGGGCAGAUGCGAGCCCGAGCCAACAUUUACAGCUGUGAUUACAGCUUUUUGUGUCGGAGCGUGGUGGUGGACAGCAGGAAUCAGGUGGCCGUGCUGCAGCUCGCCCACAGGACGGAACUUCUCCUGCAGACGUCCACCGCCUCCUUCCUGCUGCACAAAGUAUACGCGGUUCCUGCAAAGGAGUUCUCCAUGGAGUAUGUGGACGCCAAAGUGCUUUGCGUCUCCGCUCACGGUCGCUUCACUGAAGACAGUCAGCACUGUGUUCUGAGCCACUUGGACAAGCCUUCGCCGGGCUGGGUUUUGCACGCGGCCCGCGACGGGAAGCUAAACGUUGCCCACCAACAAGGAGGCAAUGCAGACUGGCGGCAGAGACGACAGUCCGACGUAUCCCCUCACGGUGACAAGGUCCUACUCAAAUACCCUCAGACGGAGAUAAGUUUCACCCCCAAGGUGCCCCUCCCUGGCAGAUAUGUGCUUGUUGUGCAUUAUCGCCAGCCGGAGCAUGUUUCCUUCCCUGUGGAAGUCCGAGUGGAUGCCGGCUACAAGUGGAAGGGUUCCAUAAAUGCGUCGUUCUGCCCAUCGGUGUCAGGCUGCAGAGACGUGUUGGUCGCCGACGGCCGCACCGUCCUCGACUUUAGCCAGCAAUCUUGGCAGCUGCCAACCAUCUCAGUGAUUGUUCCUUCUCGCAAGACUCUCCUUCUGGAUCAUAUACUGCUGGUGCCUGAGAGUCGUUACACCCCAGACGUCUUGAGCGAGAAGCCUCUGGAUCAGUCAGCACUUUUUAUCCAACAGUGCCGAGGAGAAGGCGUCUUUAUUGACCCCAGAACAUCUUCCGAAUUGUGCAGAGACUCCGCCCGCUCUCUGGUGGCGUUUUACAACGACGGAGCUCUUCCUUGCAAUUGUGACCAGUCUGGGUCUACUGGAUCUGCGUGUGACCCAAAUGGAGGACAAUGUCCCUGCAGGCCUCACGUCAUCGGUCAGUGGUGUACAAAGUGUGCCACGGGUUACUAUGGCUUCCCCUACUGCAGACCGUGCGAGUGCGGCCGCCGCCUUUGCGACGAGGUGACGGGCCGUUGCUUGUGCCCACCUCAGACUGUCAGACCGGCCUGCGACGUCUGUCAGAACCAGACAUUCAGUUAUCAUCCUUUGCUGGGCUGCGAGGGCUGCAAUUGCUCCAGGAAUGGCCUGCGAGCCAACGCCGGUCCUGGCUGCCACCGUGUCAGCGGGCAGUGCAGUUGCAAACCCAGGAUUGUUGGGCGCCAGUGUGAUCGAUGCGCUGCAGGUUAUUACCGCUUUCCCGACUGCGUCCCUUGUGACUGCGAGCAGGGCGGAGUCACACCCGACGUGUGUCACCCCGACACAGGGAGGUGCCUUUGCAAGAAAAACGUAGCCGGCAUCAGGUGCGACACAUGUCGGGACGGCUCCUUCUACUUUGACCCGUCCAACACCAACGGAUGCACGGGCUGCUUCUGCUUCGGAACCACCGACAAGUGUCACAGCUCCCAAAAACGCCGGGGCAAGUUUGUGGACAUGCGGGGCUGGAAGUUGGAAAGCUUCGAUCACCGAGAGGUUGCGUCCGUGUUGAACGUGGCCAGUAACACGGUGGUGGCGGAUGUCCAGGAGCUUCCUCUUUCCAUUCAAGCUUUACACUGGGUGGCGCCGGCCUCAUACCAGGGAGAUCGGGUAUCAUCUUAUGGUGGUUUCCUCACGUACCAGGCCAAAUCCUUUGGUAUUCCCAGUGAAGGAAUGAUUCUGAUAGACAGAACCCCUGAUGUCCUACUGACUAGUAAGGACAUGACGCUGGUUCAUUUUGCCCCUCAAGUCCAGUUGCCCGAUCGACUCUAUCAAGGCAGAGUCCAACUUGUAGAGGGAAACUGGCGCCACGCUGGUACCAACAGACCCGUGUCCCGAGAAGCGCUGAUGAUGGUCCUUGCGGGCCUGGCGCGUCUGAGGAUCCGAGCUUUGUACUUUACGCAAAGCCAGCGACUUAGUCUGGGCCAGGUGGGCUUGGAGGAAGCCACCGAUAUGGGCACCGGGGGUCCUGGGAACACUGUGGAGGUCUGCUCCUGCCCUUCUCAAUUCGCCGGAGACUCUUGCGAGAAAUGCGCCUCUGGAUUCUUUCGAGAUGGCAGCGGGCCAUACCUAGGCCGCUGUGUGCGCUGUAAUUGUAACGGUCUGGCAGACGAGUGCGAAGACUGGACCGGCAGGUGUCUGAAUUGUCAGUACAACACAGCCGGAAACAGAUGUGAAUACUGCCGAGAAGGUUACUAUGGUAACGCGGCUCAGCCGAUGUGCCAGGUGUGCCCCUGUCCUCUAAGUACUGCAUCAAACAACUUUGCAGUUGCUUGCAGACAGAUCUACGGAGACUUCCAGUGCAUUUGUAGAACAGGAUACAUUGGAGACAAAUGCGAAAAGUGCGCUCCUGGUUUCUAUGGUGACCCGAUGUUUCCAGGGGGAAGCUGUCGUCCUUGUAAUUGUAACGGAAUUGGCAACACCUGUGAUCCCAGGACCGGAGUUUGCAAGAGCACGCUGGAGCCUGGAGACACAAACACAGAUGACCGAUGCGCGGAGUGUGACAACUGCGCCCAGACUUUACUACAAGACUUGGAGAAGUUGGAGUUCAAGUUGGUGUAUAUCAAAGUUCAGCUGGACAACGCCUCCGCCAGCGCCUCCUCCCAGGACAGGCUCAGGAAGCUUGAGCAAGCCCUAUCGGACACCAAGAUUCUGGUGAACAAAUACAGUAUCUCUGUCAAUGGCCAAGGUUCCAGGCUCAAGCAGCUGGAAGACGACAUGUUGAGUCUUUCUGAGGACAUUACUUCUCUUCAAGACAAGGCUGACAAGACAGCUGUGGAUGCGGACAAAGCAGUUCUCGGAGUUGAAAAAACCCACAAGAGGGCUCAGGAUUUGGACCUAGAGAUUCGAAACAUGCUCCUGAAAAUUCAAGUUCUGCUGAACCAACUGAAGGACGCGGGCUCCAGCGGGGGAACGCCGCUUGGUGAAAACGCGGCCAAGAUGCUGGACGAGGCCCAGCGCAUGGUGAAGGAGAUGGAGAACAGGAACUUCACGCCACAGAAGACCGCUGCUGACAAGGAAAGGGACGAAGCCAUGAAACUCCUGGACUACAUCAAGACCGACCUAACGAAGCAGUUGGGCCAGAACGAGGACUCGGCUGCCAAGAUGAAAGAGCAACUGAACACCUACGACGGCAAACUGAAGGAGCUGGACAAGUCCCUGAAGGACGCCACGGAGCUGGUGAAGAAAGCUCACGCCCAGAAUGGACUCAACGCUCAGGCCGUACCGGAGCUGCUGAAUCGCAUUAACAACUUAAAGAUGGAGCGGAAGACCGUCAAGGACCAGAUGACCCAGGCGGCAAAUGAGCUGAAGAGAAUCGAAGAUUUAGUCAAAGGGCUUUCCAACAACAAAACGGCGUACGAAAAGUUGGCCGCUCAGUUGGAUGGCGGCAAGAACGACUUGACCAGGAAGGUCAACGAGCUCUCCCGAGCGACAAACAAGGAGGGCGUGGUGCAGGAUGCAGAGGACCACGCUAAGAAUCUCAAAAAGCUGUCGAAGGAACUGGAGGAUGCUGUGAAAGCUGCGAGCGAACGCCCUGAAGUACGUAAUGCCAAUGACGCCAUCGAUGCCUAUAAGAACAUCACGGACGCCGUUAAAGCUGCUGAGGCCGCCGCUAACCAAGCGAAAGAUGCCGCAGACAAAGCCUUGAACAAUGUAAAAAAACAAAAGCUGGCUGAGAGGGCAAAAGACCUGAAUGAAAGUGGUGCAGAACUGGUGCAGAAUGCAGAAGAAGCAGAGAGUAUCCUGGCGGAUGCUGCCAACGAAAUUCCUGACAUCAAGAGGCGCCUGACGAAUGCAGAGAGGAAAAAGAAUGACCUUGAGACUGACCUCCAGGAUGCGCAAACGCAGCUGAACGACAUUAAAAGAGAUGACAUUGUAAAUAUGAUCGACGACGCCAAGAGGAAGGCCGCUUCCGCUAAUGUCUCGGCCAGCGACACCAUGGACAAGUUGGACGCCAUCAGGAAGGAAAUGGAAAAGAUCAACGUCACCCCCGGGGAUUCCAACCUCGGCGGCUUAUUGGACGAAGUGGACCAAACAGUGAAAAACUUGUUGAAAACCGUCCCGACUUUGAGCGACAAGAUCUCGGAAGUGGAGACCUUAACCUCGAAGUUUAUGCCGCUGAAAAACAUCACGGACAACGUCAAGAAACUCAAGGAUCUCAUCAACCAAGCGCGCGAUGCAGCCAACAGGAUUUCCAUCCCGAUGAAGUUCACAGGCAAUGGUCACGUGCAGUUGCAUCCGCCCAAGAACCUGGAGGAACUGAAGGCCUACACCGACUUGUCUCUGUCGCUGCAGAGGCCCGAGGGCAGGGGCGAUGGAAGACGCAGGCGCAGGCAGGCCGCAGACAAAGGAGACAUGUUUGUGUUGUACCUUGGCAACAGGGAUCCCUCCAAGAACUACAUCGGCAUGGUCCUGAGGAACAACGUGCUAUACGGCGCCUACAAGUUGAACGGAUUGGAGCACGUGAUAAAAACGGACUCCAUCACCACAUCUCCUUCCGAGCCAGCCAAGUUUGAUAAGGUCGACCUGCACAGCAUACAGGAAGACCCAGUGGAACCGCCGGCGCCUCUCAACUAUCCCAUGUACAAAGGCUGCAUCGAGAUGUCCUACUUGAACGACAGAGUUGUCAGCUUGUAUCAUUUCCUGCGCAAAGACAACAUCAACGUCGAGUCUCCAUGCAAGAGGUAUGUUUCUCCAGUGGGCUUUUACUGCGAGGGCACCGGGUAUGGCCGCGUGAAUAUCGACAAGAGCGCAGCAUUACUCCUCAUCGGCAUGUCCAUCCUGACACAUUCAGAAAAUGGGCUGCUCUUGUACAUUGGAAGCGAGGACAAUUACUUCACCGUGACAAUGGAGAAGGGUGUUGUCCACCUGCGGAGCAACUUGCUAUCACAGCCUGCCACAAAUAACGUGAAAACAUUCCCGAAACCCGACUGGGUGGACAUACUCAUCAUUAUAACCAACAAGGGGAAGUUUACAGUCCGCAUAGCCAAUAAAGAGGUGGCCACGGCCCAAGCCCAGUUCACCACCGUUGAUUUUAAAGAUUAUUAUAUUGGCGGUGCGCCCCUAGAAAUGCGGGAAAAGCAUAACAUCACCAUGCAAGCCUUCAAAGGCUGCUUGAACAACGUGAAGCUCAACCAUAACUUCCGACCCAUCGACGAGAAAGUGGGCAUCAGCAAAGGUUGUCCCAAAGAUUCCUUGACUUCUCGCAAAGCGGAGUUCAACCCGGGAAGCUACCUGUCGGCGGAUCUGUCGGACUUCAGCCUGGCCAACGACGUCGCGGUCUCGCUGGGCUUCAUGAGCACCGACAACGACGGCAUCCUCCUGCAAUCGAAAAAAGCCUCAAACGGCAUCCAUCUGGCUUUAGAAAACGGCAACGUGAUUGUAUCUUUUAACAACAAGCAGUGGAUUUCCAACAAGAAAUACAACGAUGGCCACUGGCAUUAUGUGACUGUGUACAGAAAAGCUGGCAGAUUGGAGAUGCUGAUUGAUGACGACGACAACGGCGUGGAGAAGAGCGGAAGCGUCUCUGUGCCCGACUCAGGGGGCUCCGUGAUUUUGGGACGAGACAAGUUCAAAGGCUGCAUCUCCAACCUCUACACCAGACGGCCCAGCCAUCGGUACAAGCCUGAGGACUUCACCGACUUCAAGUCGUCCGGAGACGUCCUGGUGGACGUGUGCACCCCCGACAGUCCUGUCCAACAGAUGCUCUCUCAUAUGCCCAAAAAGGAGGCGGCGAUGUCGCGUGUGAUGAACGAGAGCGCGUCUCCGUGCACGUUACCGGGCCUGGUGGCAGACGCGUAUCACAUGGGGGGGCCCGUGAGCCGCUUGAGCUACAGCCUGCCGCUCCAGGUGCUGCAGCCCAGGCCGCACUUCUCUCUGGACAUCCGGACUCGAUCCCCAGAUGGCCUGUUGUUCUUCGCUGCAACCAGAGGAGGGAACUCUCACCUGGCUCUGUACAUGUCCAAAGGGAGAAUCAGACUGUCUGUGGAUAAAUACAAUGAGAUCUUGAACAGGGAGAAGUACAACGAUGGAAAGUGGCAUUCGGUGAUGUUCAGUUUGGAGAAGAAGAAAUUCCGCCUUGUGGUGGAUGGGAUACGAGCGCAGGACGGUCAGCUGAGCGCGGCGGACGUGGCCUCCAUGAAGUACUUCAUGUCGCCUGUGUUCUUGGGCAGUGCCCCGGACUACCUCCACAAAGAGUUGAAGUCCAAGAACCUCCCAAAGCAAAGCGUGUCCGGCUGCGUGCGCCAAUUUAAAAUGAACGGAGCGGCCAUGCUGAAUCCAUCCGCAAACCACGGAGCCGGCCCCUGUUUCGAGGGCCACACUCAGAGGGGGGCCUACUUCUCGGGGAACGGAGCGCACGUCGUCAUCAAUGACUCCUUCGCCGUGGGAUCCAGUUUUGAGCUUCUGUUUAACGUUCGCCCAAGGACGCCAACUGGACUCCUGCUGCACGUUGGCGAUUCUAGCGGCGCUCAACAAGCUCAACAUUAUGUCAGUAUUUACCUGCUCAGAGGAGAGGUGGUGGCCCUAGUGAACAAUGGCAAAGGGGAGUUCAUGGCAUCCGUACGUCCAAAAACCACACUCUGCGAUGGAACUUUUCAUAAAAUUUCUGUCAUCAAGAGGAAGAAUGUUGUGCAACUGCACGUGGACACAGUGGACACAUACAAGAUCGGACCGCCAUCUUCCACUGCCACUCUGACCAAAUAUCCCCUCUAUGUGGGGGGCGCUCCUGAAGAGAUAUCAUUGCUGCGGACGCCGCCCGUCACCGCGUCCUUUGUGGGCUGCAUCCAGGACAUGAAGAUCAACGGCGAGUCUGUCAUGUUCGCCAGAUUGCCCUCGGUGGUCGGGCCUGUCAACCUCAAGGAAUGUCCAGGCUGAAGCACAACUGCAGCAUUAAUUUUUUUUUUUGGCCAAAACUUGGGACCACCUCCAAACAACGAUGUGCAAUCUGUUACCAAGAGGACAGGGAAUGUUUUUGUGUCACUAUGUAUAUAUAUGGUGAGGUGUGUGUGUGUAUGGAUGUAUUUAUUUUAAAAUAAUGUACAGCACCAACUCAUCAAUGCAUCUACUUUUUAUUUUAUUUCUUUUGUGGAUGGGUGGUUGCAGAAAGGAGAGUAUGUAUGUACAGUGCAGUACAUAACACAGCACUUUAAGAUCAUUUCUGACAUACAUAUAUAUAUAUAUAUAUACACACACAC